ACGGCUUUGCUCCACCAGUUCUGCACUGCGCUGGCCUGAAGAGGAGUGAGUGAGCAGAAAGAGAAGCAAAAGAGGAUUUCGUGAACCGAGGAAAGACGGACAAGGGAGAGGGACCAUGGCUACUCUCUCUGCCUUGUUGAAACCCUGGGUUAUACUGCAGAUCUUGUGCCUGUCUCUGGCCCAAGUGAGGGGUCCACCUGGACCUCAGGGUCUGCCCGGCCCACCGGGCCCCUCUGGUACCCCUGGGUCGGACGGCAUUGAUGGCGAGAAAGGACCCCUUGGCCCACCCGGUCAACCAGGACGAAAGGGAGAGCCAGGGGAGCCAGGUGCUGAUGGAGCUCCAGGAGAGAAUGGUAUUGAAGGUUUGAUUGGUGCAAAGGGGGAUCGAGGUCCUACUGGGAGCCCUGGCCCUAAGGGUCAACCUGGACCAAGUGGCGAGCCCGGGCCCCCUGGACCUGGCCUUCCAGGACUGGCUGGCAUUCCAGGGCCAAUCGGUCUUCCUGGUCAAAUUGGACCAACUGGACCGAAGGGCAUCUUGGGACCACCUGGACCUCCAGGACUUCUCGGACCUCCUGGCAAGCCAGGUCCUCCAGGCAUGUUUCUUGGUGGAGAUGAGGGUAGUGCAGACUUCCAGUGUCCUAUUAACUGUCCAGCAGGACCUAAAGGCCCCCAGGGACUGCAAGGAGUCAAGGGACACAAAGGACGUGCUGGUGUUCUCGGAGACCCUGGUAGCAUAGGAAAACCGGGCCCCAGUGGAGAUAUGGGCAUCUCUGGGGAACAGGGCAUUCCAGGGCCUCUGGGUCCAGUGGGUCUGAGGGGUUAUCCAGGAAUGAUGGGUCCCAAAGGAGAGGCAGGACCUCGUGGUUACAAGGGCAUCAAUGGACUUAUAGGAAUUCCUGGGCCUCCGGGUGAGGAGGGACCUCAGGGACCACCCGGAGAGGCCAACAGUGAAUCUGAUGUUCACUGAUUUGUUUAUCUUCCACAGGGUAGCCGAGGUAUCCAGGGCCCACAGGGUGCAGUUGGGAUAAAGGGAGAGAAUGGUCUGCCAGGUAUUGAUGGAAAAGAUGGCACACUUGGUAUUCCUGGAAUCAAAGGCAGCCCUGGCCAGGCUGGGAUGCCUGGUCCUCCUGGUCCUCAGGGAGCAGCGGGAUUGCCUGGCAGUCCUGGAGCUAAAGGUGGACCUGGAGCCAAGGGUGAGCCUGGCCCUCGAGGUCAUGUUGGCAUGUCUGGCACCCCUGGACCUCUGGGUGAGCCUGGUCUUCUUGGUGAGCCCGGUAUGGAAGGCGUCCCUGGACCUAAGGGUGACAGAGGCCAGCAAGGACCAGUUGGGCCACAGGGGAUAUUAGGCAAGCCUGGAAACAAAGGAGAAAGAGGGCCCAUUGGUAUUCCAGGUGCCCAAGGUCUCAGUGGAACCAAGGGAGACCAGGGCUUUCAAGGAAAAGUUGGAUCAAAGGGAGACAUUGGUGACCCUGGUGUCGAGGGACUGGCUGGCGAGAAGGGUGAAAAGGGCUUGUCUGGCGAACCUGGGCCAAAAGGACAGCAAGGAAUUAGGGGUGACCCUGGUCACAACGGACCUACUGGAGACCCUGGGAAACUAGGAGACCAGGGACCACCAGGACUAUCUGGUCCUAGGGGACUGAAUGGAGAGCGAGGUGUACCUGGCAUGCCAGGCAUUCAGGGACAACCGGGCCGUGAUGCAUCAGACCAGCAUAUUAUUGAAGUGGUGCUAAAGAUGUUGCAGGAGAGACUAGCAGCAGUGGCAAUGAGUGCCAAGAGGGCUGUGCUUGGUCGUGCAGGUGUAAUGGGGCCUCCUGGGCCUCCUGGACCUCCAGGGGCACCCGGCCCUCAAGGGCCACAUGGCCUGCCUGGUGCCCGUGGAAUUCCUGGCAUUAUUGGAGCACCUGGACAGAUUGGGAACAUAGGACCUAAAGGAAAGAGAGGGGUGACGGGCAAAAGAGGAGAUGCUGGUAAACCUCACCCAGGACCCCCAGGACCCCCAGGAAUACAAGGUCCUCCAGGUGUUGAUGGUGUGGCUCGGGAUGGUAGGCCUGGUGAGAGAGGACCUCAGGGAUCAGCUGGAGAGCCCGGUCUCCCGGGUAAGGCAGGUCCAUCAGGUUUGCCAGGCUUCUGCGAGGUGGCAAUGUGCCUAGCUGCAUCAGCAUACACCUCCCCGAGACUACAGGAGGCAGGAACGAUCAAAGGACCUAAUGUGUAAAGACCUGCCUCUUUGUCACAGCACCAGGAAGAGAAGGAAUAUAAGAAGGUGAGAGACCACUCGUCUCAGUACAUCAUUGUGAACAUGCGGUGGAGGGCAGUAAUAAUGACUGGAUGUAUGGAACCCCUUCUUGAAACUGACAACCUAAGGUUUUCACCAGUGGUACAUACUCUCAUCUUAAUCCUGCACAUCACCAUGACAACAGCAGUUUACAGCCACCCACAUCCCUUCUGAAUUCGCUAGUGUUUUUGGGUGAUGUCAACGGCCAUCCCAUCCAAACCUCCUCUCCCUGAUCCAGUAAGAGGAACAGCUUUAUCUCCCUGUCUUCCAGCACAGUAUCUCUGUGCUGAGAAGAGCUGGAAAAGCAUGGAGAAAGGUGCUUUUCUUUUACAAUGUGGUCACGUUGAAUGGUUUUAUAUAAAUAUUUAGUUUGAGAUGCUUUGAAGUUUAAAUGUCCUGAAUCUCUUGCACCACUGCAAAUGCUUAGGUGCUCAAAAAGGACCAAUAAGUUGAUAGUAGCCAAAUUUUACACUCAGUACUGUAUUGUAAAAUAUAGUUUCAUCACUAAGUUUGAAAUCCCUGACAUACCUCGUGUACAUUGCCAAGCCCCCUCCCCAUAUCCAAUUUCUAUCCAGGUCUCACUUUAGAAAUGAACAACUAGCUUUCUCUCUUUCUCUGGUUGCCUGGCAACAGCAUAUCCCGAUGGGCACUCCCAUCUCCCACAUUGAAGUGCUGUAAAUCUUUGUAAAUAUGUGUUGAUUAUUAUGUAGAGAAAAAAGUAAUGGGUUACAACAUGCACCAAAAAAAAUCUUGUGUUAAUGAAUUCAGUUAGUAAUAAAAAGUCCUUACAGAAGUAAUGUCUUCUCCUCAAAAUGAACUGGCUCACAGACUAAAUGUGCUUUCAAUGCCACUGUCAGCAUUCCACAGGGUGAUAUCAAACCGAUUUAUUUUUUCAUCGAUAAAAGCUAUUUAUUGUUCUUUAAGUAAUCAUCUGUAAAAAGGAUUUUUUUCUGGCUGUUCAAGUAAAACCAAACCAAUAAAGAGGAAUCUUUUGUAAAAUCUAAUGUUGUUUUCUAUCUUUUAGCCCCCUUCCUAUUCAUUUCUCCCAUUUGAAAUUGCCAAUAGCAUCAAUUAUUGCCUGUAAACAAAACUCCAGAUGUUCAGCUUUUUAUGUUCUAGCAUCACCAAGACAAAGUUCCUACCAUAAUGUACUAGACAAUACAGUAUAAUUGGUCAAAUGCACAUAAUGCCUAUUCUUUGGAGUUUU